CUUAUGAAUGGUCGCUGCCGUCCCAGGUCGUUUGACAUUGUGGAGACACCUCGGCACCAAAGUGACUCUACGGGACGACGCAGUGCACGGAGAGGACGGGUCUUUACGCACCGGCACCGGGUCUUUACGCACGGCGCGCACCGGCACCGGGUCUUUACUCACGGCGCGGUCCUUGUCCCCUGUCCCCUGUCCCCUGUCCCCUGUCCCAUGCUCCGUGGUGACUCCGGCUGACCUGCAGAGGAGAGAGAGGGGCUGACACCUCUCACAUCCACUCUCCAGCUCCGAGGAAUGAGUGGAUGAAACCUGAAGUGCCAAACUCUCAAAGCUCCACAGGGGACCGUUCCUGCGCAGGAUGUACACGAUCACCAGAGGUCCCAGCAAACUGGCCACCCAGCGACGCACAGGACCCACGCAGCAGCUGGAGAACAAAAUAAACGACUUCAAGCACAAGCAAACCUCGUGGAACCUGCCCGAGCUCCCAGCGCCCAAGAUAGUUUUCAACCGCCCGAAUGGUAAAAAGUACCACCACCCUGCUCCGGCUCUGCCCGCAGACGACCAUCAGGAAGAGACUUCCAGCGCCGCACACGAGGAAAAUGUCAAGUUUCUCUAUGAGGCCUGGCAGGAGGUGGAGCAGCAGCAGCAGCAGCACAGGCCCGAGGAAACUCAGGCAGCAGUUCACUUUAAAGAAACCACUGCCAGCCCACACAUGGACAACUUUGUGCCCAUCGACCUGGAUGAAUGGUGGGCCCAGCGCUUCCUAGCCAACAUCGACAAGCUGUCCUGACACUGCUCUGGGACCAGCGGAUCUUGACCGUCGGUCAGGAGGAGAGACUCCGGCUCCAGGAUACGUGGGAGCAGCAGGUGUGAACGGGUCAGUGUCCUGAUGGGAUUCACAUGGACGGACAGCGCUGGGACGCUGCCGUAGAAACCACAGGAACUCGAACUCCAGCCUUUUAACUCCCACCCACCAAACAUUCAGUCUGCCACAGACAGAUGAAGGAGGAGGUCUUCAGAUUUGUCUCACCCUCAACAGAGAUGUCAUGCUACUUUGAAAUGCAGUAAAGUUUUUUCUUUUCCCAAGAA